AUGUGCAUCUGGAGAAAUUCCUCUUACGAACUUGACACAUUUGCUCCAUAUCUGCUACAUAAGCUUGCGAUCGUUGAAAUUCCGCUCCACGUGCUAGCUUCAUAUGUUGUUAUAUUCAAAACUCCGUCAAGAAUGGCGUCCGUUAAAUGGAUGAUGCCAUUCCUGACCUUCUGCAGUGCCUUUCUGGACCUCUUCAUCGCCGUGUUCUCCACACAAUAUUACCUAGUACCUAUAGUCGGUGGGUACAUGCGUGGAGUAUUCACAGAUAUUGGGAUUUCCACCGACAUUCAAGGCCACGUAUUCAUUACUUCCAUGUGUAUAGUUGGAAUGUCGAUUCUCGGAUUCUUUGAGAGCCGCUAUAACACUGUUGUUAAAGGAAAUCGUGAGAACAUUUUCAAGGCGAAAGGUCGAUUGUUUUAUAUGGGAAUGCAUUAUCUCUAUGCUUUAAUGUUCACGCUUCCCUUGUUCUAUAACCAGCCAGAUCAAAUGGAAGGAAGGAAAUUUGUGAAAAGGACCCUUCCCUGUGUACCCGAAUCAAUAAUUGAUGACCCCGACUUUCACCUCUGGCUUGAAGAACCAAUGCUCUAUGCAAUUCAUUAUGGUCUCACCGCACUAGUUAUCUCGUUGGAAGUGAUCUACUAUUUCGUGCAUACUGCCUUAUUCCUCUCGAGUACAAAAGCAAAGUCACAGAAAACGCACAAACUGCAGGUGCAAUUUUUCAUCGCGUUGACGAUUCAAAUAGCGAUUCCAUUAUUUAUUGUGAUAUUUCCAAUUGCGUAUCUUAUUACGGCAUUUAUAACAUUGCAUUUCGAUCAGAUGUACAACAACAUUGCUUUGAACUUUAUUGCAAUGCACGGCGUGGCCUCCAGUUCAGUAAUGCUGAUAGUUCAUAAACCAUACCGAGACGCAGUUGUAGAAUUGCUCCGUCUCCGUGUUAUUUGGACAAAGUGCCGUUGGAGAUCUGGAAAUGCGGUUGGCGACGCAUCAUUGAUGGUGGUCUCGAGUAUUGUGAACAUUCAACGGGACAGGAGGGCAUCAAAUAGGAUAUGA